UCUCUUUAACCCAAAUACGCUCCUUUUCUUCUCCCCCUCUCACUCUUCCCCAUCUCAUUCUCUAAUAUUCUCUAUGUCUGUAAAACCCUAACCCUAACAAUGGACACCUUGUAAUCAAUUUCAUCUUCUGUUACUAACACAUAAAGAUUCAUAUAAUGGGUUGUUUUCUUGCUUGUUUUGGUUCUUCCAAGAAUCGUAAACAACGUAAAGGAAGCCCUCGGCGUCAAUUAAGUAGAGGAAGCCCUCGUCGUCAAAGGCAUGGUGGAUCUUAUGAACCUUUGAAAUCUAGUGUGAUUAUAAAGCAAGAGAUAAUAGUAGAACCCGUUGCUCCCGUCGCAGAAUGUCCGAUCGUAGAAUCAAGUGAAAAAUUUGAGGAGCGAUUGAGCCCUAGCCUUAAAAAGAAAGGUGAGGAGCAAUUGAGCUCUGGUGGUACUAGAAAGAAAGUCACAUUUGAUCUCAAUGUUAGAGCUUAUGAAGGGGUUGCAGUUGAAGAAGUUAUAUACAUAUCAGACAGUGAGGAUGAUGAGGAAGGAAAGGGAAAGAAGGAACAUAAAAUUGGCAAGAAAUGGCAAACGGUAUCUGAGGAUAGUAACUCGAAUUCUUCGAGUUCUGGGUCCUUCCCAUCUAACCACAGAUAUGGAAAUUGUACAGACAGCGAUGAUGAGUUUGAAGGAACGGAAUCAGAUGAUAGUGAUCUCGAAGAUGACGAUGAGGAUGGUGAGGAUGAUGAUUAUGAAAAUGAUGACUAUGAGGAAAGUGAACGACGAUUAUUGGUAGAAGCCGAAUCGUCCGAGUCGUUUUUUUCUUUACCUAUGGAAUCGAGAAAUGCUGUCAUUCGAGUAGGAGAAAAGGAGGUUAAUAGUCCAUUGAAAGUGGAUAGCUCCCUUGAACAGGAGAAGAAGACUUUUGGAUCUAAUCCUCAUGCUCGUGAUAGGAGUCAGUACAUUCAUUCUGUAUUGAAUCCUGUUGAAAAUCUCAGUCAAUGGAAAGUAGUGAAGGCAAGAACACAAUCACCAGUACCACUCAAGCUUCAGAAGAAGGAGAACAUCAAUCUGGAGCAAGAACCAAAAAUACCAUUUAGUGAUGAGCCUACUUUCAAGCUAUCAUCUUUCAGUUUUAACCCAAAUGUCAAUAAGUCUAGUUCCCCUCCUUCCAAGGAAAUAGCUGUUGAUGCUAGCCUUUCAACCUGGUUGGGAUCCUGUGAAAGUACUCCUUCCAUUAAGAGCAGCAAUGUUUCUAUUGCAAGAACUGGUUCAGCUGAAGUAAACAAAUCUCCAAGAUCGAAUUCACCGUGCAGUAUUGAAGAGAGACCUAUCUUGGGUGCUCUCACUCUUGAAGAACUUAAGCAAUUUUCUGCGACUUCGUCUCCGAGGAGAUCACCAACUCAUAGUCCAGAUGACAUGCCCAUUUUGGGAACUGUAGGGAGCUAUUGGAGUCGAACAAAUCAAACUACAGAUUCAAGCUCAGGCUCUUCGUGCAAGGGAAUCCCAAAUACAACCAGUAAAUACAGAGAGGAUAAGAGAGUGAACUGGCAUUCAACUCCUUUUGAGACGAGGUUGGAGAGAGCUUUACAAAGAGGUACUGCUGGAGCCUACACGAGUCAGUAGAGAUAUAAAGAGUGCGAACAGACUGCACGCCCCUAUAGUACAAAAAGAAAUUGUUGUGUACACGAGUAAUUAGAUACUAGAUAAGUGUUGAGUUUUUUGUGUGUGUUUGUUACAAGAAUUUGAUUGAAAUUGUGAAAAUCUGUGGUUUGUUAAUGAUAUGAUGAAAUAUGCAAAAGUAUAGUUUGGUUUAUUCAUUAAUAUUGGGUUUACAAUACAGUUAGCAAGUCUCCAA